GGGGCGCGGGGACUUCUCCGGCACGCGAGAGGGCUGGGGGUGGGUCCGUCUGGUGAAGGUCGUCUCUCUUCCCCUCGCUGGCGCUGGGCUCCCUGCCGCCUCGGCAUGACGACCUCUCCCGACUACCUGGUGAUCCUGUUCGGGGCCACGGCGGGGGCCAACGGGGCGCGGCUGGGCUCCGACGAGCGGGAGCUGGUCCGCCUGCUGUGGAAGGUGGUGGAUCUGGCCAACAAGAAGGUGGGAAACCUCCAUGAAGUGCUGAUCAAACCUGAUCUUUUGGAGCUGACGGAGGAAUGCCAAGAAGAAACACAAAGUAUGUUGGACAGCCUGAUGCUGGCUCCACAGCUGGAACAGGCUCUGAGACAGUUUAACCAGUCUGUGAGCAAUGAACUAAAUAUUGGUGUGGGUACUUCAUUCUGUCUUUGCACUGAUGGGCAGCUUCAUAUCAGGCAGGUUCUGCACCCUGAAGCUUCCAAAAAGAAUAUCUUGUUGCCUGAAUGUUUCUACUCAUUUUUUGACCUACGAAAAGAAUUCAAGAAAUGUUGUCCGGGUUCACCUGAAAUUGACAAGUUGGAUGCUAAAGCCAUGGCAGAACAUCUGAAUCUUGACCGGAACAGUUCAGCACAGCGGUUUGGUGUCUCUCAAGUGGAAGACAUGGGAAACGUCAUCUUAACAUUAAUUUCUGAACCAUACAAUCACAGAUUUUCAGAUCCGGAAAGAGUAAACUACAAAUUCGAGAGUGGAACCUGCAGCAAGAUGGAACUCAUAGAUGACAAUACCAUAAUCCGAGCAAGAGGUUUACCAUGGCAGUCAUCUGAUCAGGAUAUUGCUAGAUUCUUCAAAGGCCUUAACAUUGCUAAAGGAGGGGCUGCGCUUUGCCUUAAUGCCCAGGGCAGGAGGAACGGGGAAGCUCUUGUCAGGUUUGUAAGUGAAGAGCACAGAGAUCUAGCCCUGCAAAGACACAAGCAUCACAUGGGGAACCGGUACAUUGAGGUAUACAAAGCAACAGGUGAAGAUUUUCUUAAAAUUGCAGGAGGCACAUCCAAUGAAGUAGCCCAGUUCUUGUCAAAAGAGAACCAGGUGAUUGUUCGGAUGCGGGGCCUUCCCUUCAACGUAACUACAGAAGAAGUGUUAGCCUUUUUUGGUCAACAUUGUCCUGUGACGGGUGGAAAGGAAGGAAUCCUCUUCGUUACGUACCCUGACAACCGGCCGACGGGAGAUGCAUUUGUGUUGUUUGCCUGUGAAGAAUACGCACAGAAUGCAUUAAAAAAACACAAGGACUUGCUGGGUAAAAGGUACAUAGAACUCUUCCGGAGCACAGCAGCUGAGGUACAGCAGGUGUUGAACAGGUACUCUUCUGUACCUCUCAUUCCUCUUCCAACUCCGCCUAUCCUUCCUGUGCUACCUCAGCAAUAUGUACCACCCACCAAUGUCAGGGACUGCAUACGACUACGUGGCCUUCCCUCCACUUUUUUCACUGCCACUAUAGAGGAUAUUUUGGGAUUCCUGGGGGAGUUUUCUGGAGAUAUCCGAACUCAUGGGGUUCACAUGGUAUUAAAUCACCAGGGGCGUCCAUCUGGAGAUGCUUUCAUCCAAAUGAAAUCUUCGGACCGAGCAUUUAUGGCUGCUCAGAAGUGCCAUAAGAAAACCAUGAAGGACAGAUACGUUGAAGUCUUUCAGUGUUCUUCCGAGGAGAUGAACUUUGUGUUAAUGGGGGGCACUUUAAAUCGGAAUGGCUUAUCCCCACCACCAUGUAUUUCUCCACCUUCAUACACGUUUCCAGCUCCCGCAGCAGUAAUCCCAACGGAAGCAGCCUUGUACCAACCCUCUGUGCUUCUCAAUCCACGGACGCUCCAGCCCUCCACAGCAUACUAUCCAGCAGGCACUCAGCUGUUCAUGAACUACACCGCAUACUACCCUAGUAUGCAGCAAAGAAUGGAUCUGUACACACAGAUGAGUCGUCCAGGUCAGUGCCCAAAGAACGGAUUUGUCUUUAAAGGUCCGAGCAGUUAGACUUUCUUCACAAAGAUUCCUCCUGAACAGUGUCAACCAGCCAAAAUGGAGUUCCUUCUGACUACACUCCUGACUGCAACUGUCUAGUGCAAGAAAAUUUGAGACGGUUGUGGAUUUCUGCCUGUGUCUUUGACAAAAAAUAGCAAAUGCAUGCACACUUGACGCACUCUGCUUAUGCAAGCUUGCCAUUAAAGAUGUUUAAACUGUUACCACAUAGGAGCACAGCUGCCAAAUGCACAAGAAAGGGCUGGGUCCCCACACCCCCUGGGUACUGAGAAUGUUGUUAUAUUCUCCCAUCACAAACAGAAUAAGGAUUAGAGAUCAGGACACUACAAAAUGGUUAAAACAGCAUAUGUAGGCAAACCGGGGUUUUUUUCUUUAUUUGUGCACAUAUUGACUUUUUUAUAAAACAAAAAGGGCUUUUAGUACCCUUUAGCUUUUUAUAAAAAACAGUUUGCUUGUUUUGUAUAUAUUUGUUUAAAAAAGUAUUCUGAUUCAAGACAGGCUUACUUGACAGUGCAGAAAUGGUUAAGAAUAAAAGAUAGAAUACUUUGCAGGAAAACCUUGUAACAUUUUGUAAAGAGAAAUUAUAUAUAUAUAUGUAUGAAAAUAAUGCUCUAAAGUUGUACAUUGCAUAUAUGACUACUAUAUAUUUAAAUAACUCAUAGCUGAAUCUAAUGAGGGGUUGUUGUUGUGCAUAAGACAGAUGCACAACACCUCCAGUUCUGCUCUUCCACAGCAAAUACAGAGCUAUGGCUUGUAGAAAAUGCAUAUUAAAUUCUGGUGAAGAGAAAUCACUAGCAUAUAACAUUUGCCCACAGUGGCAUUGCCCCAUUUAAGAUUACUGGGAAUCUAUAGGCCAGGGUCCCUCAUUUUAACUUUUAGUACUUGGUUCUUCUGCUGAGAUUAAGAAUAAAUUAUCAAAAGCACAGCAGGUUUUCAUAGGAAAAUAACUCUUUUCACUGCUGUAGAAUCGUUUUGAGCUGCUCUACAUGGCUUCUGUACCAACCUGCUAUGUGGAUGCUCUGUUCUUUGACUUUUCAACUUCUGCUGCAUUCACGUC